AGGAGGACUUGCUUGGUUCGGUGAUGGUGUGAAAUUCUGUGUUCCAUAGUGUUCCCAGGCCCCAGGUGCCUCAUCCCAUUGCUCAUACUCAUAGAUCCACCCACAUCUUGCCCACCUCUUCCGUGCCAUAUGAGAUUCUUGCGACCAUGAAAUUAACCAUCAGUUUCAACGGGACCAAGAUCGUGGUUCCUUGUGGUGAUGGCAACAUCACCGUGAAGGAGUUCACCUCCUUGGCCACCACCCGCUACAAAAGGGCCAUCGGGAAACAUUAUGACGACGACUACUGGGUGUCCAUCUCGUCCUUGAAGAGUUACGAAGGUGGGAUGCUGGAUUCGGAUGAUCUCAUUUGUGAUGUCUGUGAUGACCGAGAGCAACUCCAGGCCAUCUUUGAUGAGCAACACGCCAUGGGUGGACAUGGUCAUCUAGGCGAUGGCAUGUGUAGCUCGGAUUCGGACAAAGAGGCCAAUACGAACUCAUCGGCUUCGGGAUCCACUGUUCGAUUAGGCUAUCCAACAAAUAAUAUCUAUCAAGAGCUGCAAGUGAGACGAGGGAGUGAUCCCGCUUUGAACAAAGUGGUUAUCAACUCUCCGGCCGGAGAUCGGCCCCAAAUCACUCACCAUCACGGAACCCUCCCACCUCUGCCAUAUUUGUACGGUUCCACGAAUGAGCCUCGAAGCAUGACAUCGGAGGAGAACUACGAUUCUCUCCCCGAUUCCCAGACCUUCGAUAGCAAGUGCUCAUUACACGUACUUCGCCGACGAGAGCCCUUGGGAGCGAGUGCCAAUAAGCCCGAUAAGAACAAGGCAUUGGAGGAGUUUCCCAAUGCGAGUAAUCACCAUUUGGCCUCGCACCCACCCACGGGAGGACCCGACAGAGACGAAGGAAGCCUUAUGAGUGGAGGAAGAGGGAGCCAUCAGUCCCACACGGGAUAUCAAAAGCACCAAAUGGCACGGCCAAGUGUGGAGGUCAUCAUCGCCAACGAAAUUGGUCCGCUUGGAAUCCACGUGGUUCCAUGUGAUGACGAUGGGCGACUCAUUGUCCAGGGAAUUGAGCCAGGAGGUCGGGUGGAUCGGGACGGUCGUUUGGCGGUGGGGGACGAGAUUGUCGAGAUCAACGGUUACCCGCUCACCACCGUGUCCUUCAACACCGCUCAAGAGAUUUUCAAAGAGGCUCUUUUCGCUAAGGAGCUCCGUGUCCAAGUGAUUAAAGGCGUAUCUGAUGUGUGUGCCCUGAGUGAUAGUGAGAACAAAGAGAACAUGGAUCGGAAUGGAAAAGCCGACGCUCCACCUCCUCCAGCCGGAUCCAAAGUGACGACGGCAGUUCAAGCCAAUAAUACUCGGAAGAUUGGCAAAGUGUUGAAAAUCACUCUGACCAAAGGCGCGAGUGGCCUUGGAUUUAGUAUUACGACGCGUGACAAUGCACCGGGUGGACAAACGCCGAUCUACAUCAAAAACAUCAUGCCUAAAGGUGCCGCUAUAGAAGAAGGAACAUUGAAGCCUGGCGAUCGUCUCCUGGAGGUCAAUGGUACCCAAGUGGAUGGGAUGAGUCAAUCAGAUGUGGUAGCCUUGCUAAGAAGUGCCCCAAUGAAUGCAGAGUUACAAAUCAUCGUGUCCAGGCAUGGCACCGUCUCCGGUGAAGAAUCUCAAUCUGGUACAAUGAAACUCAAGCCGAAGACCGAUCCACUACCCCCAAUUCCCGUCCAGGAAGAGCCCGCGGGUCCAACGAGCAACACCUUGAACCCGGAGACACUAUCCAGACCUCGUAGUACAUCUCCCAGCAAUUCCACGGAUAACUACGAAAGCUACGACUCGGAGAACAACUUCCAGUUCCCUUGGAAACAGCGCGAAAUCCUGACCUUUGACAUCCCUGUCCACGACACAGAACGUGCCGGUUUAGGCGUGAGCGUCAAAGGCAAGACCUCGACCAAUCGAGAUGGGAGUGUGACCGAUCUUGGGAUUUUCGUCAAAAGUGUCAUCUACGGGGGAGCCGCAUCUCGCGACGGUCGAUUAAAAACGAACGAUCAAUUGGUGAAUAUCAAUGGUCUGUCCUUACUAGGCAAGGCCAAUCCUCAGGCGAUGGAGACGUUGCGAAAGGCCAUGCACGAAGAAGGACCCAUGCCAGGAAUCAUCACUCUCACUGUGGCCCGUAGAUGUGAAAGUGAUGAUCCGGACUCAAAGGUUCCCGCGGAAAAGGUGAAGGACGAGCGUCGGGACUCAAUCUCAAGUCAAGUGACGAGUUCCUCAGAUGAUAUCGUGCGACAGUACAACGUGUCGCCGCCCAAAUUCAAGAUGCCAUCUUCACAAAGCCAUCCGACGGCUUUGAGCUCUCAGUUAAAGAACACGAGAAAUCCAGUGAUUGAUCGACUCAUGGGUAAAGAGUCGGCCGGCAUUGUACCAAAUAACAUGCGCAAUGAGAGCUAUUAUAUGGCGACUCAUCAGGAUACAUGGAGUAAUUCCAUGUUCCAAGCUCAACAGCAGAUCCGCUCAGGCUCGAAAGAGGCUUUUGAUUGUCCUACUGUCCACCAAGUGGGACCUGAAUCGGUCAUGAUUGAACAAGAUAACAAUAGCACCACGGAAAAUUCGAGCAACAAGACUCGAGAGAGUCUCACUUCCCUGCUAGAAGGAGUUCCUGGAUUUGCCCGGGAUCAACCUGGACGACAAAGUAUGUCCGAGAAACGUCACGCCACUUUGGAUGCCAAAUCGACGGAUACCUACCAGAAGCGAAAGAAAAUGCGCGAUGAGAGGAUCAGGCAACAGCUGGUGACACAAGAGGAACAGCGUCUGAAGUGGAAGAAAUCGGCAAGUGUCGAAUCUUUGCACACUAUUGGACAGCAAUAUCUGUCGGACGAAGAGCGCGAAGCUUUAAAAACCCUCUAUGUGAGAGCAAACUCUGUCAGGGUCUCUCGCAGUCGAGGUUGUAAUGAAAGUUUUCGUCAAGCCGUGGAUCGCAGUUAUGAAAGAGAGCCCGGCCAUGUUGCCAAUGACGACGGUGAAGAUUUCGAGAUCCAGGACGAUGAUCCCAAAGAGCAGAAGAAAAAGAACCGAAAUUCUCGGCUCUUGAGGAACUUCGGCAACAUAUUUAGAUCGAGUGGAAGUCGCAAAAGCGACAAUCGCAAGUCAAUGCCACCCAACUCCGACACCUUCUUAGCCCAUACUGGCCCCAGCACGUCCUCAAUGCCCCUCAGUCAUUCCGUUCCGGAUUAUCAGUCUUACAACAAGAGCAAGAGUGGAGGAGACUUGCCACAAGCGCCGGAUUUCGUCCGCCCGUACCAAAACCAUAUGCCACCUCCACCUGGACCAGACAACUAUGAUUACCUACCAAGUGCCAUGAUGAGACCGGGGAGUCGAGUUGGGAUUGCGGAUCCAGGUCAACUUUCGGCCACAUCCGAUUAUGACGUCAUUCAGCGCCAUCUCCACCGGUCCAGCCGACAUUCCAAUUCAAAAGGUUAUGUUGGAGGAAGCCAAUUCUCUAAUACAGAUAUCCUGUGGCGACGCGAGCAAAUCCGUAGCUCCAAUCAUAACCGGUCUCAAAGCAAUCCUUCACGGGCUAGACCCAAGUCAAACUUCUACGAGUACGAUCUCUGGUCGGCUGGCAGCCAUCAGCAAUUGGGGUCUAAUUAUCAACAGCAACCACAACAACUUCAACAUCCUCCUCAACAGCCUUUGUACAAUGCGCCGAUCCCGCCCAAGAAACCCACUGGGCGUGCCAUCCAAAACCACUUCAACUAUGUGGCCACCGCUAUGACGGCCAACAACCCCUAUUUCUUCAAUGAUAACACCUACAUGAUGCAACCACCCCAACCCUAUUUGCACCCGCACCACCCGCAGUCCGUGAUGCCUUCUCGAGCUCACAUGGCCUCCCAUCGAUACGUGAGUGGAUCUUCAGGGAUACCGAAUCGAACCCAUUUGCCCAAGAUGUCAUGAUGAAUUGAGCACUAUCAAUACACCGAAACUAUCCAAGGGACCUGCCGAGAACGAAAGAAGAUGUUGAUACUGAUAAUCUCACUCCACUCGUAUGCCAUAUCUCUAUGAACUUCAUAUUGCUAUUUAAAACCAUGCCUCUUUACAUUGUGGGUAAUGUUCACCCAUUUGCAAUUGCAAUGUACUUAUCGUUUGUGUUAUUUUCUCAAUUUUGCACAGGUUUUUCUAACUGAUCCCAAAUCAAAUGGGAAGUAGAGAAAAAUCAACGUCCAUUCUUUGCCAAUUAAUUGACCGUUUGAAAAAUAUUCAAUGAAAUGACAUCGUGUUACAAAACUUUGCCUUUGUACUAUUGUCCAAUAUAUAUCGUACCAGA